UAUCGACCAGAAAUCUAUGGCUAGUCUUGCCAAGAAUAAAGGUAGGGCUUACUUCGCCUCUAAAGCUGUCAUAUUCAAAAUUGGGAAGGUGCCGAUUGGAAGGGCUGUUACAACAAGCCUCGAAAAGAACACUAAAAAACCUAAGAACACAGCAUCAGUAGCAACUACUGAUAACGUUGAGAAGUCAAAUCCUAAAAGCGAGGAAGUUACCACUAACUCGCCAAAAGAAGGUACAGCUGCCAUUUCCAAAAUCGGAGAGGCGCCGAUUGAAAGGGCUGUUAAAACCGCUCCCGAUAAGGACACUAAAACACCUAAGACAGUAACCAAAGCAUCAUUAGCAAGUACUGGCAAUGUGGAGGAGUCAAAUCCUAAAGGCGAGGAGGAAAUCACUCACUCGCCAGAAGACAGAACAGCAGAGCUCUCCAAAAUUGGGAAAGUGUCGAUUAAAAAGACUGCUCUUCCUAUGCCUGAUAGGGACACCGCAGUGCCAUCAAUAGCCACUUCAGGUUACCCGGAGGAGCCAAAUCCAACGGGCGAGGAGGUGAUCACUAACUCGCUGGAAGACAGUUUAAGUGGAUGACAAUGAUUGAAGUUAUCCAAAUAAAACUCCAUCGGAGCGAGACGGCCACAAACGCUCUGAUGGCUAAAAUUAACACAGGAUUAUCUACAUCGGAUGCAACGGUGCUGAAGCAAGGUCGUGGC